UUAUACGUGAUUAAAUUCUUCAGCCGAUAAUCAACAAUGAAAUGGACACGCUAGGAAAUUCAAAGGACUUUGAUACAAGAGAGCUGCUGUUUCUUGUGGCAAAGUUUCUAGAGGGUAGCCCAUGUCAAGAAGCAGCUGAGGUUUUAAAGAGAGAACUAGCAAAACACAGGCUUCUACCAACUCGCAAAACCUGGCUAGGAGAAGAGAAGCAAAUCUCUUACAAUGAAGUGGAUCUGAGAGCUGGGCAUGCGCAGUCCACUACUCUCCCUCUACUCUGCUCCAAGUUGCUCUCUCUGCUGGAGCUAGAGAAGCAUGGCUGUCAAAGCUCAGCAGGACAGUGCAGUUUGCUUGGAUCAAGGGUUACAGCCCCUCUCAGCUUCCUGGAUCAGCACAGAGGACGGAGUACAUUUGAAACAUCCUUGCAAUCAGCAAUGAAUCAUGGAGAGCUUACAGUUGGAUUCAGAGAGCAACCUGUUGCUAAUAAUUGUUUGCUAAUCAGUGCUCGUCAAAUAUCUCCCUCUAUCCCUCGGAGCUCUUUGUGUGGUCCAAACUUCUACAAGGGACUAAAGAAGCACUGCUCCGUUCUCGGCCAUCUGGCACCCGUGUUUUGUGUGCUCUUUGAUCACACAGGAGAGAGGAUCAUAACAGGAGCUGAUGACCACUUGAUAAAGAUCUGGUCUAGUCGCUCGGGGCAACUGCUGUCUACACUCAGAGGGCACUCAGCUGAAGUCUGUGACCUCUCUCUUAGUUGCGACAAUACAAUGAUCGCCUCUGGUAGUUUGGACAAGUCUGUGCGUGUGUGGUGUGCACAGACGUCCUCCCCUGUGGCUGUUCUGAUUGGUCAUCAGAGUCAGGUGACCUCUGUACAAUUCUCUCCGUCACCCAAUGAAGAGUAUCGAUACUUGGCUUCUACUGGUAAAGAUGGAUUUCUCUGCUUCUGGCAAUGGCUUCCUGACUCCGGCACCUACAGUACUACUCCUCUGAAGUUCAUGGAGAAGAAUCGAAUGGGGGACCAAACCUUGUGCUCCGAGUUCAGUUCCGGAGGCAAGUACUUUGUGACCGGAGGCACUGACCGACUGCUGAGAGUGUACUCCUGCAGCCCGGGGCAACCAGUCCUCAUGACAGAGGUCCAAGCUCACACGGAUCGUAUCAUGACAGUUCAGUUUGGUCGCACAGGGGAGAGUCUGCUGGCCACUGGGUCAUGUGACGGGACGGCCAGUAUCUGGAAGUUUGCCGAGGAGGGUUGGAAGUGCUCCUCUGUACUUAGAAUCCCUGAUAGAGAGAUGAGCAUGUUGUUCUAUAGUAACAACAAGAGUGGGAAAAGCCAUCAACCACAAGUCACAAUGGUGGGUUGGGAGAGCACUGAUCGGUAUCUGAUGACUGCCUUUUCUCCAGACUGCCACAUCAGAGUCUGGUGCAUCAGAACUGGAACGCUUGUCAGAAAACUAGAGUACCACACUGGGGAGGUGUUUGUGUUGGAGCCCCACCCCACGGACUCUCGCAUCCUGCUGACAGCUGGCCACGAUGGACUCAUAGUACUCUGGGACAUGCUGGCCGGGGUUCGUCUCAACACGUUCCAGCUAGAGUCUCAGGAUCCAGAGGAUAGUAACAGUGUGCGGUGCAUCUUUGAUUGCAAGUUCUCUCCUGAUGGCAGUAUGUGUGCAGCUGCUGAUAUCCAUGGCUACCUCACUCUCUUUGGGUUCGGCUCCAGUGAAUCUUAUAAACAUCCCACUGAGCAGUUCUUCCACACUGACUACCAUCCUCUCAUCCACGAUCGUAACCACUACGUAGUCGACGAGAACACUCAACUCCCCCCACACACUCUCCCGCCCCCUUACUUAGUGGACAUCGACGGCAACCCUCACCCCACCUACCAUCAAGAGGCCAUCAUACGGCUGUUUAGACCUGUCCAACUAGCUGGACCGGUUCACUCAACAGAGGAGUCUGAAGAUUACGAUGAGUACAUGAAGAAUCGCAUCGCUAGAUUAAAGGAACGUACACGUUGUACACUGUCUAGAGCCGUAAGAGGAGUUGGGGCAUUCGAAAGACGUUUACAAGCAAAUACUGACCCUCAGCAAUCUACUUCAAGCUCUAACACUUUACAAUCAAACUCAAACUUUCUACAAUCAACCACAAACACUCCACAGGCAACUAGUGUAGCACACACCAGCCAAGACACUAGCACCAGCUCUACCUUACAAAUCUCCAACUUCCCUCAAGACACUAACACCAACUCUAACUCCUUGCAAAUCUCCAACUUCCUUCAAGAAACUAACACCAGCUCUAACUCCUUGCAAAAGGACACCUCCGCAUCACAAGUACCCUCUUCAACAUGUAUCAAUCAACUACUGCCACUGCCAAGUGAGGACAAAACUAUGACGUCAUUACCGAGUUCUAUCGGUUCAGGAACUACCAUUGGGUCCUCCUCUCAUGUGAUUACUCCGGCUAAUACUCACGAUGACACUGCAGAUGCUGGGACUGAUCUCGAGCACCAAUCUUCAUCAGCACAUUAUCACUUCAAGGUAGACACUACGAUCGUGAAUGGGAAUACCUCCAAACAAGUGGGUAUUGAAAACGAGGCCUCGCAAUCGUCUGAUGUAGGGUCAUCUGGAAUAUUGGAACUAAUGGAAGACGAGGAUGAACUUAUGGAUACUGUGAAUGCUGCUCCUAAUGCUGCUAGUGAUAUCGAUGGUGUGGAGCGUGAGGCUAGUGUAGCUCGUGACGGUGAUGGUGUGGAGUGUGAAGCUAGUGUAGCUCGUAAUGGUGUGGAGCGUGUGGCUAGUGUAGCCCGUGACGGUGCUGUUAGUGAUGGUGUGGAGCGUGAGGAUAGUGUAGCUCGUGAUGGUGUGGAGCGUGAGGAUAGUGUAGCUCGUGAUGGUGUAGAGCGUGAAGCUAGUGUAGCUCGUGACGGUGUGGAGCGUGAAGCUAGUGUAGCUCGUGUCGGUGCUGUUGGUGAUGGUGUGGAGCGUGUGGCUGGUGUAGCUGGUCGUGAGAACAUCCAAGCCAUGUUGUCCAGUCUGGUCUACUCUAUGGGUCUGGGAGAGCUGGAGAACAAAGAAGCCAUCUCUUUAUGGCUGAAUCGUACCAUUAUACCACGACUGGACUCCGCCCAACAGGGCACGUCCCUGGCCAAACGUUGGCAGUUAUACGAGAAGGAGCAGACUCACUACCAGGACAUGCAGGACAAGGGCAGGGGCGUCGCCCCACCAAAGGUCACUGUAGAUUCAUUUCUGAGUCAAAAGGGCCGCUCUCUACGCAGUGGUCGUACAAUUCUCUCCUCUCCUAGCCCCACGACGUCCCCCGAGAGCUCCGAUGCAAGUGAGGGAGUCAUGUACGCUUGGGGGGAGUCCUCCACCGACUCGGGAGAUGUAUCUGAUUGGACAGCAGAAGUUACGAGUGUACCACUGGGCAGAAAGAGGACCAGGAGACAACGGCGCCUCAUUACAAUGUCAGAUGAUGAGGAGAGUGCUGAAGGCAACAAAGAUGAAGAAGAAGUGGGUGACAGUCCGAAGUUAGAUCAGAAAAAUAGUAACAGUGCUUCUCCGCCAUCCAAACACAAAGUUUCGAGAAAAGCUCGUAGCCAAGGGGACUACUCCAAGUACUCUCCACCUGACUGGCUGAAGCAGACCUCUCUCAGACUCUCUCCCUACCUGCCUCAAGUAGGAGACAUUGCGGUGUACUGUCAUCAAGGCCACGAGCUCUACUUGAAUGAUGUGAGAUCACAGAACGUAUACCCUUGCAAGAAUACCAAGGCUCCGUGGCAGAAGUACAGCCUCCUCCCACAAGAGCUGUGUCAGGUGACUAAUGUUCGAUUCGUUGUUGGCCCACCAACUCUAUGCUCCAUCACGCUGGCCCUCCUCUCUCCCACCGUGUGUCUAGUGAAGAGUGGAGCCUCGUCCAGUGCCAGUAAUAAGAUUGUCUUCUCAUUCAAGUACCACGACAUGGACGGAGUGCUGGACUUUCUGAUUCUAGACUCUAUUUUUAAGUCCUCCAUUGCUAAAAACUGGGAGAUAGGGGAGGCGUUUCAAAGCCUCAUUGAUGGCUCCAACUGGAAGGGCACUGUGCUAGAGAGAACACCAUUCAGUGAGGAGCUUCCCAACAGUUACUGGCAAUGCUACCGCGUACAAUGGGAGGACGGGGUGGUGGACUAUCUCAGCCCAUGGGACAUGCACCUGGUCGACGCAAACAUAUCCGCUUACAUUGAACAGGUCCUUACCACACCCUCUGAGUCGUUGGAACAAGAGUGGGGUGGCGAAGGAGAGCAAGAGAGAAUAUUGACUGGCCUAGAGAUUGUUCUCGGUUUGGAUGAGGCGCACAUGUUUCGAGAGCCUGUGAGCCUGGAGGCAGUGCCCAACUAUUGCACAGUGGUGGCCUUCCCCACUGACCUAGGCACUAUCAGAGAGAGGCAGGCCAAUCAUAUUUACAGACGGAAAACAGCAUUGCUAUGGGAAGUGGUCCAGAUGUGGAGAAAUGCCGUCUCCUUUAACCUUCAGGACAGUUUGAUUGUGAAUCACUGUAAGAUCCUAGUACACAUGCUGUGGAAGUUUAUCAAUUCGCCAGACAUGCUGGAGCCAAUGAGCUGCUAUGAGGCCCACCCUGUGGGAGAAGUGGGACAAGAGGUUGUUAUCACACCACCACUGGUUAAGGCAGAGGUUCUACUACCCUCACACAAUCCAACAAUCCCUCAGCCCUCAGCACACGAAGCUUCUUGGUUUCCCAAAGCCCAGGAACUGCUAGAUUCUCUCACAACCCACCACUCAGGUGGUCCUUUCCUACAGCCUGUGGAUACCACAAUGUACAAGGACUAUGUGGAUUUUGUCAAAACUCCCAUGGACUUGUCUACUGCACAAGAUAAGCUCCAGUCAGGACAGUAUAGUACUCCCAACGACUUCGUCUUAGACCUCAGACUGAUUGUCAAGAAUGCCAAGACAUACAACAGAAAAGGCAGUGUGGUACACAAGAUGGCCGCAUUGCUUGGAGACUACUUUGAACAACUGGUACCCAGCUUCCUGAAAGAAUUUCCCCACGUUUACGGGACUCGAAGCAGAUCCACCACCAUGCCUAUGACCUUGGCUGGUGAUACGAAUUUAAGAUCAUCCUGUUCUAGCGUAUCCGAAAUUGAAAUUGACCAUGACUCUGUGGCUUCCAGUAACCCAACCCCCCUGCGUACAAGUUGUCGCCUGAGGGCUAAACGAGGCAGGAGCUCAGACAGUGAAGUAGACGUUAAUGGUGACCAACCAGAGGAGGAGUUUUACGAAGAUCCUCCACUUGCGAGAGUGACUAGAACACUGUCAAGACCGGGAGUCGACAAUCACGGCGGUUAUACACUGCGCACUCGUAACAACUCACAGAGAAUGGCCGAGUCAGACUCUGACAGUGCCGAGAGUGUAGAGGAGAGUGAAGACAAGAGUGUGGCUAGCAGACAGAGUGAGGAAGAGGAGGCAUAUCUGGAAGAUCUGGACUCAGAGGAAAGCCAUACUCGUGUAAAAAUUGCCUCCAAGCGACCCAGACGCUCGACAAGACAUCCACGAAAGAGAGCCAAAAUAGUUGAAUCUGAGGAGGACUCGGACGAAGAGCCUAUGACCACCAUAUCUAGAUCUAGAUCAGGACGAAUUGUAAAACAUGUUAUGAAAUUUUCAUAGACAUUAUUUAUGAUUUUAAUUAUUAUGUUUUUUACACGUAUUGUGGAAUUUGUUUUAUGCUCUGAAUUCUUGUUUUGUUGUUCUUUCCA